CAACCCGGAAGACGUGAGUUCGCUGCCAGCGACGCGCAGGAGCCUCCGUCGAGAGCGAAACACCCGCAUUUAACGUCAAAACAAGAUGGCAGGGCUGCCCCGCAGGAUUUCUAAGGUCACCUGUCUGCCGCUGUGAAUUGGGAGAGAGGCCUCGCUGCAGUGGCCGAGGGGAAUGAAAGUGAUUGUCUCCCGUGGUGCCGAGUCAGCGCCACCUCUUAAGAAUCGCAGCGCUGAGCCAGUACUGCGGUCAAAGGCACCGCCCUGCGUGAGAUGGCCACAUCUCCACCGUGAGAAUAGUAGUGACUCACCACUUGUAUGCAGCUCUCCUUCGGAAAUCCUUCAAACAGAAACUCAACGACUGAUUGCAGAGCCGGUGCCGGGCAUCAAGGCCGAGCCAGAUGAAUGCAACGCCCGCUACUUUCAUGUGGUCAUUGCUGGACCUCAGGACUCGCCUUUCGAGGGCGGCACGUUUAAACUCGAGCUCUUUUUACCGGAAGAAUAUCCCAUGGCCGCACCGAAAGUACGCUUCAUGACCAAAAUAUAUCAUCCCAAUGUAGACAAGCUGGGGAGAAUAUGUCUAGACAUUUUGAAAGAUAAAUGGUCGCCGGCUCUGCAGAUUCGCACAGUGCUGCUGUCAAUCCAGGCGUUGCUAAGCGCCCCCAACCCGGAUGAUCCCCUUGCAAAUGACGUCGCAGAGAAGUGGAAGUCCAGUGAAGUUGAAGCCAUAGAAACCGCCAAGUCAUGGACCAGGCUUUAUGCCGGAAACCAAAACGACUUGUAGAGCAGCCCAGCGAGUGGAAAUCAUGUGAACAAAACUUAUGUUCUGCCAAAACCUCUUCCUACUUCAUUUAAAGGACACAUGCUUAAGUAUACUUGCACAUAUAUUAUAAACCUGAAUAUAUUGUAAAUGAAAAAAGCAAUGACUGAUAAUUGGUGAUUUAAAGACUGACUAUGAAAGGACUUGUUUUUGUCCGAACCCACUACCAUGUAAUGCCGGGUCAGAGGUCUACACGCACCAGGCUUCCUUUGCACAUUGGCUUUUAAAAAGCAUUCGCCAACUGAAGCUUCAACAAGCAAGUUAAAGGUUUAAAGGGGUCAUCCAGUUCUCAUUUUGGGAGAGUUUGGGUAGGUUUGGAGGUACUGGAGCAGUGGAACGGGUUUGGAGGGGGGCUAAUAUUGUAUACUUUUUACGUUUCUUUUAAUUUUAGUUUUCUUGUCACUUGUUUAUUAAAAGCAGCUAACUGCUGCUAGCCCAUCACAUGCAGACGUUCCACUGGAGGCUGAAUAGAGUUCUGUGCGAUGUAGCCGGGAUGCAUUCAACUAUCGUAGUCCUAUAUCUCCUUUUAAGUCACGUCUGGCUGUGUUAAAUACGAAACAAUGACUAAGAAGUAAACUAAGCCUGUCACAUUAACGUUUUUUGUAGGCUUGGGGAGGGUUUACAUUGCCGGUGUUCAAUUUAGCAUGCGUUUUAUUGCCAAACCCAUCCUUUUUAUAUGCAUGUACUAACCUUUCUGCUUCCCCUUGUGUGUCAUCAGUGCUUCUACAACACUGUGGUUCACUUCUUCCAACGGCAUUUUUUUUUUUUUUUUUACAACGUGGUUGGUUACAUUUAAUCUGUCAUUUGUUUUAUGGCAGGAGUUUGUUGAAUAGGACGCGUUUGGAGUUGAGAGACUGGUGAGAGGAGAUGCUUAGUUUUUACGGGAUGAAACUUCAAAAGCUCAAAGAAGGAUUUGACUCUCAAGUUUAUUGUUUUUUGGCUGAAAAAUCUGUAUUCAAUUCACUGUUUGUUUCUAAUAUUAUGGGAAGAAAAUGCUAUGAAAGCCCAUCCGCAUAUUUUGUUAUGUAAAUAAAAUCUGUUCAUAAGUAAA